AUGUUUCGACCUCAGCUACUCGUCCUUUUCACUUGCUUGGUCGCCCUCAGCAAGCAGCAAGCCCCGCCCUCGGCGCCCAGUCCAGCGCCCGUCCCCCCAAUCGGCGGCUCCGGCCCCCCACCGGCGCCCAUCACGACCGCACAAGUCGGCCCUUGGAAGCCCCCCAGUGGCUCAGGCGGACUUCCUCCGCCAUCACUCAAUGGAAUGGGUCGUCAGAUUCGUAUCAACAGUGCGACGGAUUUCUGUAUCCUGAUGCCCCCGGACCCAACCAAGCAGAACUUAGUAGAUGCCGAAGCCAACGCUGUAGCCUAUUGCACGAAUCCGGUCAACGACACCCGUCCGAUGCCCGACGGAUUCAUCAAAACUUCCCACUUCAGACACACCGAUAAAUACGUCCAAAUCUCCGGCACUUACGACCCCUCGAAAAUGAACCUGUCUCCCAACGAUUGCGGAGGAGAAUAUGACAACCAUGGCGCCAUGGGUGUUGGUAAUCCAGUCGGAGCGGCAGUUGAUGGAGCACAUGACUUCAUGCAAUUCAUGGGAGGCUGUGAUAUUCCGGGAAACGCCGUCUUUUGUCUGAGAGCUUGUCAUGGCGACGACUCGUAUGAGUAUUGUAAAAACACCUAUGACUUGAUGGGGUGUCUGUGGGUCAUGCCUGGUGAUUACGAGACGCCGGGCUUCUCGAACUGCAAUGCGAACUAUGACUUACCGGUAGGAGCCUAUCCCCCACCGGGGCCGAAGACGUUCCACCAAGGCGACCCGACGACGCCCCUAGCAGUGGCCGCGCCAGCAUCUUCGCAAUGUGUCUCAGUCCCCUCGCCAGUCCCACAGGGUGUGACGUAUUACUGGGCGGGGGGUGCUCCCGCUGCGACCGCCACCGCCACUCCGAACGGACACUCCAACUCGAACUCCAACUCGGGCUCCAAGGAUGGGGCUAAGACUGGGGCUGCUUCGGCUCGAAGAUCGCCAGUUAACUCCGAAUCUCAGUUCUUCCCUGCCCUGACUACUAUUGCUCUUUCCGCUGGCUUGUUGAUGGUCCUAGCCUUCUAA